AUGUUCCCUAAAAUUUUUACCAUUAUUAUUCAAGCUUUCAUUUAUUUAUUAUAUCUUCAACUAACGGAGAUAGCGUGUGGGCUCGAAGCAUCGGGCCAUAACUUCACCUGGGUUGUGUUUGGCAAAGACGAUGAAAAAGAAGAAGAGAGAGACAAGUGGCUGCCAAAGGGGUUUGAAGAGAGGAUGAAGGGGAGGGGGAUGAUAAUAAAGGGACGAGCCCCACAGUUGUUAAUUUUGGACCAUCUAUCAGUGGGUGGUUUCUUGACUCAUUGCAGUUGGAACUCAGUGAUCGAGGGGAUCACCGCGGGUCUGCCCUUAAUCACGUGGCAG